AUGGGCGUGUCGGUGGCCACUGCUGUUGGCUCGGGAGCCAGCCUCUACUACCUGAACAAGAACUCGGCGCACGCCAACAUGGAGGCGGAGGGUCUGCACCCCGCUGACCACCCGUUCCCGCAGAAGAACCUGUUUGGCACCUUUGACCAUGCGAGCAUCCGCCGUGGAUUCCAGGUGUUCAAGGAGGUGUGCGCGGCGUGCCACUCGCUUGAUCUGAUUUACUGGCGUAACCUUGUCGAUGUUGCGUACACCGAGGAGGAGGUGCGUGAGAUGGCGGCCGAGUACGAGUACGAGGACGGACCCAACGACGUGGGCGAGAUGUUCAUGCGGCCGGGCAAGCUGACCGACCCGAUCCCGCGCCCGUAUCCGAACGAGGAGGCGGCGCGUGCGGCGAACGCCGGAGCUCUGCCGCCCGACCUGUCGCUGAUCACCAAGGCGCGUCACGGCGGCGUGGACUACAUCUACGCGCUGCUGACCGGAUACUGCGAUCCGCCAGCUGGCGUGGAGAUCCGCGAGGGCCUGAACUACAACCCGUACUUCCCGGGCGGUGCAAUUGCGAUGGCGCAGAACCUGUUCGACGGAGUGGUGGAGUUUGAGGACGGCACCGAGAACACGGCGUCGCAGAUUGCCAAGGACGUGGUGACGUUCCUGAACUGGUCGGCGGAGCCCGAGCUGGACGACCGCAAGAAGAUCGGUGUCAAGGCCCUGCUGCUGUUCUCGACGCUGACGGCAAUCUCGCUGUGGAUCAAGAGGAACAGAUGGCAAACGCUGAAGACGCGCAAGGUUGUGUUCAACCCGCCCAAGGACUGGACCAACACUCCGCGCAAGCACUAG